UAUAAGAUGAGUUACCACGGGCUGAAGUCUUUUAGCGUGAAAUCGGUGGCGGAAAAUUACAAAAACGAAAAUUCUUGUCCAUGCAAAAUCGCCAGUCUGGAAAAAAAAAUUGAUGAAAUGCAACAACAUAUAGAGAAAUUGACGAAACAAGUUGACACCACAAAUGAAUUAACCACCGUGCAGUCAGCAAAUAAUUCCCUCAUAAAUGCAAUGAGUUGCAGACGCAAAUCUACUAAUAAAUUUCCAUUAAAAACUGAUGAAGCAUUAAAAGAACUUGACAAAGAAUUGAAAGGUAACAAGGAAAAAUAUAUGCCUAUAAUACAAGACCUGCUAGGUCACAAUGCAAUUGAAAAAUCACUGCACAAAAUUAUAGCAGUUGAAUUGUUGCUGUAA